AAUUAUAAAAUGUUCAAUAGUGAUUGUGAAAAAGGUAAAGUAAUAUUAAUAGUGACGUUAGUUUCAUUUUUUUAUUAUACUGUAUGGGUGAUUGGUCUACCAUUUAUUGAUGAUAAUAGAAUACGAUCACUUUUUGGUUCUCAGAAUGUAGCCUUAAUGAUACCUGCUAUUUUAGGUUUAUGUUUCAUUGGUGGAUUAGUAUUCUUCACUAUUUAUCAUGUCAAGCCAUAUUUUUCAUAUGAUAAAUUAAAUAAAUUUCAUGAAUCAUAGAUUCUAUAUGAAAAUACAAAUAGAUGAAUUUCAAUUUAUCAUUCAGUCAAUAAAUAGACAGUGACUUGAAAGAUGAGUUAUAUAACUAUAUUACAUCACUUACAUUACCUCAUUAAAGUCCAGAUUACUCCAUUUUUAUCAACUAUGUAAGAGAAAGAAAAUUAAUAAUAAGCAGCUUGAAAUGUUUCCAAAAAAAUU